AAGAGUAAUAAGAUGCAGAGGACACCUUUUUCAUGGGAGAGACGACUGAUGCAUUGCCAUGUUCUUCAGCGAUAUCGUCCCAACCAUCCAUCACUACGUCUCUCUCAUCGCAAGAUGCGUCUCCAAGAAACACCUGAAGCUCGGCAUGACCGUCCACUCUCACCUCAUCAAGACCGCACUCGCCAGCGACUCUUUCCUCGUCAACCAUCUCAUUGGCAUGUACUCCAGAUGCUCUUCCAUCCGAAGCGCCCACAAGGCUUUUGAUGAUCUUGAUACAAAGAACAGUUACUCUUGGAACACCAUCAUAUCUGCAUAUGCCCGGAUUGGCGAUUUCAAGAAAGCCCUCGACUUGUUCGAUGAAAUGCCGCAGAGGGCUCUUGUCUCUUAUAAUUCCUUGAUUUCUGGGUUGUCCCGUCAUGGGUUUUAUGUGGAGUCUCUGAGCGUCUUCAUGCAUGUGCAAAAAGAAUAUGAUUGUCUAUCCAUGGAUGAGUUUACUUUUGUGGGUGUUGUGGGUGCCUGUGCUCACUUGGGUGCAUUUAAGUUCUUGCGCCAAGUUCAUGGAGUGGCCAUCGUAAUGGGCUUGGAAUUUGCUAAGAUAACUUACAAUUCCCUGAUUGAUGCUUAUGGUAAAUGUGGUGGAGUCGAUAUAUGCCGUGUCUUGUUCGACGUUAUGCCUGAAAAGGAUGUCGUGUCGUGGACUUCCAUGGUUGUUGCUUAUACGCGAGCUCAUAACAUAGGUGAUGCUUGUGCAAUAUUCAACAGUAUGCCAGCGAAGAACACAGUCUCUUGGACUGCACUGAUCUCAGGCCUUGUGCAGAAUGGCCGUGGUGAUGAAGCUCUGGACCUUUUUGUUCAAAUGCAUGGGGAAGGAAUACAGCCAAGUCCUCAUACUUUUGUCAGUGUUCUAUGUGCCUGUGCUGAUCGAGCACUUGCUGAAAGAGGCAAACAGAUCCAUGGUUGCAUCGUUAGGACCUGCUUUAAUGGAGAUUUGGAGAACAUAUUCAUAUGGAAUGCUCUAAUUGACAUGUAUUGCAAGUGUGGUGACAUGAGAUCAGCUAAGAUCUUAUUCUUGAGGAUGCCGAAUAGGGAUAUUGUAUCAUGGAAUUCGAUGAUAACUGGGUUCGCACAAAAUGGUCUGGGGCAUGAGUCACUUGUUUUUCUUAGGACAAUGCUAGAGACAAAUGUAAGACCCAACCAUGUCACGUUUCUUGGUGCUCUAUCUGCUUGCAGCCACACGGGUCUAGAUAUUGAAGCGCUUCAGAUUUUCAAUGCAAUGGAAAAGGAUUACAGCCUUCAACCCAGAUUUGAUCACUAUGCUAUUUUGGUUGAUCUGCUUGGGAGGAAAAACAGACUUGAGGAAGCCAUGGAGUUAAUAGAGAGUGUCUCAAACAAAUCAAACCAUGUUGGAAUGUGGGGUGCACUUUUGGGUGCAUGCAAAGUCCAUGGUAAUCUAGCUAUUGCCCGAAAAGCUGUGGAUGCUCUGCUGAAUUUGGAACCCCAAAAUGCUGCGAGGUAUGUCAUGAUAUCAAGCAUAUAUGCUGCAACUAACAGAUGGGAUGAUUCCUGCAGAGUAAGGAAGCAGAUGGAGGAGAGAGCUUUGACAAAAGAUGUGGCAAACAGUUGGAUUGAGGUAAAGAAUGAAAUGCACAAAUUUCCAGCGAAGGACCAAUUCCAAUAUCAAAUGGGAGACUUAUACGAAGUGCUUGGGAAACUAGCAUAUCAUAUGAAGGAAGCUGGAUAUGUUCCUGAGCCCAACUUAACACUCAUCUUAGAGAAUGAUGAUGAUGAUGAUGGUGGGUAAUGAAUAAAAAGUGUUCAGAUGGAAGAUGCUGGAGAAAAAAUAGAAGGCUACAGCUGCAAGGUGAUAGUUCUUGUAGUAAUGAACAAUUCAUACCUUCCUAGAGAACAUCAAGUCAAAGAUACCAUGAAGUUUCAGGAAGGACUUAUGGUCCACAGAAAAUCGGGCAUCAUGAAAGCCUCUCAUUGUGCCUGGAGGUUUUGUGAGUUAGGAGGAGAUUGCUCAGACGGUAUCUGGUAAUGGCAUUCUGUGUACAUAUUUUCAGAUUCGGACCUUGCCAUUUUUGGUUCUUUUGGAUGCUGCCUGACCAGAUCAAAUUUUUUUCUUGGGUUAUGUCCAUGUCCCUUUAAGGGAAUAGAUGGUAUUGCGGAAGUUAUCCCUCAGGUUAAACAUGAUGUCCCAUACCAGGGCGUGACCUGGAGCAUCUUUCAGAACUAUAUACAGCUUGAAGCUCCAUACUUGUCAUUUUUCCUGUGAUUUCUUGUCAGGCUUAUGCUUUGGCAAGGAAGCAGUUUAGAGCUAACGAUUUUCCACAAAGUGUGGAUGAAUAAUCUAACUUCUACAAAUGUGGGAUGGAGCUCCAUUCUUUGUUUUCUUCU